UAACUUCCGGUUCCGCUGAAAUAUAUCCUGUGCCGACGCCUUACCGCCUGAGAACAUGGCGUGCCCGUGGUUGAGGCAGUGCAGAAGGUGGAGUGCAAACUGUACGAACGCGAGUUUGUUUGAAACCUUGUGGCAUUGUAAUGCCAGGGCUGCGUCCUCCGUGGGGCAGAGAACCUGGAGCUCCGGGCUGGGGAACGAGGGGACACCAUCACCACUACCAACACAGAUACACGCCAAAUCUAACUUUACUACAUCUCUCACCAGACACAAGUCACGGUUGCUGAAUCCCACACUACAGCCUCGCUGUUGCAGAAAGACUGUACACAGUGAUGCGAAGCUGAAGGACCCCUUCACAUUAGCCCAGAAAGAUUUAACUAAUUUAUAUGAUGACAUCAGAAAGGAGCUAUUUGUAUCCAAAGAAGAGCUGAAGUCUCUAUGUGACUACUACUUUGAUGGAAAGGGCAAGGCCAUCCGACCGUUGAUAGUUGUCCUGAUGGCCCGGGCUCUCAACAUCCACAGCAACAGAUCCGGAGAUUUGAUCCCAGGGCAGAGGCACGUAGCUAUGAUCACAGAAAUGAUCCACACUGCCAGCUUGGUGCAUGACGACGUCAUAGACGGAUCAGACAAACGAAGAGGAAAGAGUACCAUCAAUGAAGUGUGGGGUGAAAAAAAGGCCAUCUUGGCUGGAGACUUCAUCCUCUCAGUUGCCUCCAUGGCCAUGGCUCGCAUUGGUAACAACACAGUGGUAAAAGUGUUCGCCCAGGUGAUUGAGGAUCUGGUACGAGGUGAAUUUAUGCAGCUGGGCUCAAAAGAGAACGAGAACGAGAGAUUCAAACACUACCUCGAGAAAACUUUCAAGAAGACAGCGAGUCUUAUUGCAAACAGUUGUAAAGCAGUAUCCGUUCUGGUAAAUUCUGACCCUGAGGUUCAUGAAAUAGCCUACCAGUAUGGUAGGAAUGUAGGCAUUGCAUUUCAGCUGGUGGACGACGUCUUGGACUUCACCUCAGGAACCAACCACCUGGGGAAGCCCUCGGCUGCAGAUCUCAAACUGGGCUUGGCCACUGGGCCGGUCCUGUUUGCUUGUCGACAAUUUCCUGAGCUCCAUUCAAUGAUCAUGAGGCGCUUCAGCUUAAAAGGAGACAUAGAACAAGCCUGGAAGUUCGUCUUUCAGAGCGAUGGCGUGCAACAGACAGAGUACUUGGCCAAGCGCUACGGCCAGGAGGCCGUGAGGCAGAUCAGCAGGCUCAGGCCGUCGGCAGAGAGAGACGCCCUCAUCAGUCUUACUGAGAUGGUGCUUACCAGAGACAAGUGAACCACCAGUGCUGGGCUUCACUUCAGGCAGCUACCUGUGGAAAUGAACUCACUCUGCCGCCCGUGUUUGCACAUACCAAGGUCGGAGAGAAACUACGAGAGACGAGAUGGGAAUCGGGUUUGGAAGGACCUCUGGUGCUGGUUUUAGCGCCAACUCUAAAUGAACACUCAAUUACUAUCAAGUAAUCAAACCAGUAUGGAAGGGGUCUCUCUCUCUCUCUGCCAAAAAAAAUAUACCAUAUAGAAAUACACUUGGUUUUUUAGUGCUAAUCCUUUGAUUCCGAUAUCCUGAAUGGUACCAACAGCGAUGAUUGGAAACGGAAAUAUUAUAAACUUCAAUGAUUGGAGGACGCUGACAACGGCAAUCCAAUUCAACUUCAUUCAGUACUGUAACUGCAACAUCCUCUCAACUUCAACGGACAGUUUGUCACAUGGUGACGUCGAGCUGUGGCGACAUGAUUGCAAAAUCGGUGCAAUUACAAACGCAAUGGAAGUAAAAUGUCAUUGGUGCGUUUGUUUAGAUCCGUUAUCGUUGACCAAGAACCGUGCACACCUCACAGGCCAAAUAAUCAUGUCUUUGACUUGUGAAAUGUUAUUUAAUGCAAAGUGUCUUGUAACAACUAAGGCCUUAACAUCUACAAUGACAUAUGUAUGACAAUAAACCUACAAUUGUGCUUUUGUUUAUA